AUGACAAAUCGGUUCGCAGCGACCGGGUCCUCGCUCGUUACUGCAACCGACUUGUCCGUCUGUGGUGUCGUGCUGCUCCUCACUGCUGCUUUCUUCACCAGACACGUCUUGCGUCACAAACAGACGACAGCCAGCAUUGGCACGAGACCUCAUAGCUCUGCUGUAUCUCCCCUCUCUGCAGAGCAAGUGGCUGAGUGUCGAGUGCUGGCUGCUGCACGUGGAGCAGCAGAAGGAGCGGCUACAUGUACGACCUGUGGCUUUGCAAAUUUUGUCCGUGCAAAGCACUGUGCCAUGUGCAACUCGGAUCGAGAACUUUCCGUCACUUCUCGCUCUACUAUCUAUCAUGUCGGUGAUGGGAAAUCACCACUUCCUCGUUACCAAGAACGCCGAGAAUGGACCCGACAAAUCAAUGCCAAGAACUGCGUGGUCUGGCAGCGGAGACUUCAAAAAGGGUCGGACCAGUCGCCAGGGUACGUGCUUCGCUUCGACCUGUUACAAGAUGCUGAGCCCGAGUCGGAACGUGAAGUCUUCAGGCAACGAGAACGCAGUCUUAGCUCAGGUUACAACCCGUGUGCAGGUGUGCAAUUUGAGCUGCUGGAGUCGCGUGACGUGGACUCGACGCAGUUCCCACUGCCACCUCCACGUGCUGAUAGGGCGGACACGAUGGAAGACCUAUCGCAGAUAGCAGUAGUCCACGCUGCUCAAGAUUUCCCAACAAAAUACGCUCACUUUGUGAAGAAAGCUGCAAUGCUGCUUCUGGAAGGAAAAAAGAAGGAGGAGUCGUGUUUGGUUGUGCAUCCAGAGCACAUUCUUGAGCAAUCAGUGGAGCAUAUCAAGUGCAUUCAUGAGACGAGUAUCCGAUCAGUCCGUCUACAAAUCAAAUUUGCUGGUGAAGAAGACGUGUCUAGCAAUGUUGGUGGACUACACCGCGAAUGGUCGACCCUUUUGAAUGCAAGACUGGUGGAUCCACACGUAGGCCUGUUCGCGUGCACGCAACGCAGUGCUCAGACGUACUUCAUCAACCCGCAGUCGGAAGUCGUGCUAGGAGCUGACCAUUUGCUGUACUUUUACGCAGUGGGGAGACUUGUCGGGCGAACACUUAUCGAAGGAGCCGUGCUUGACUUCCAUUUGUGUGAGCCGCUGCUCAAAAUGAUCUUGGGAACGCCGGUUGUUUUCGGCGAUUUGGAGCACUUGGAUGCCGUGAUGUACCAAAGUUUGUCGCAUCUGCUGGAGAACGAUGGCGCUGGAGCGCUAGAAUUAGACUUCACGGUGGCACAACGUCACGCUGAUCACGUCCAGACCGUAGAGCUCAUUCCAGCUGGCCGAAACAUCCAGGUUAAUGACGAUAACAAGUUCGAGUUCGCGGACCGCAAGUUCCGCUUUAUGAUGUUUGAGAGCGUGGCACCACAGUUAGCCUCUUUCCUAAAGGGGUUCUACGAAGUGGUCCCUCAGCGCCUGUUGUUGGCAUUUGAUUACGAGGAGUUGGACUACUUGUUGUGUGGAUCUGACAAGAUCGAUGUCGCAGAGUGGAAGCAGCACACGCGUUUGGCUAUGGAAUACCGACGCGAGGUAGCGUGGUUCUGGGACGUCAUUGAGCACAUGUCCACUGUAUACCGGAAACAGCUGCUGCAUUUUGCCACGGGCUACCCACGCGUUCCAUUGACUGGUUUCGAGGGCCUCACAAGCUAUGAUGGUCAGGUCUGUUUAUUUACACUGGCAGAUGCGGGUGCUAGAGGCUGUUUUCGAAGCCACCCAUGCCACAACCUGCUUGAGCUACCGAGCUUUCGGACCAAAGAUGAAUUACGCACAGCGCUGUAUGCCGCUCUGUAUAACGAAUCACGUGUCAGUGACGUCACGACGGGCAACAACACCUCCGAAUUGUUGAUGUAA